AUGAGUAAUGGAAACUUUUCUCUUAGUGGUGUGUUGCCAACCUAUUCUGUAUUAAAUAAGAGAGGAGUAAACGGGAUAAUAAAUCCAAGAUGUAAAACAGUUAGUGAAGACUGGGACCAUGAGGAUUUAAUUAAAAGAUCAAUUUGUGAGUACGAACAAAAGCUUUUAGAAGAAAACAGAAACGAGGAGGUAAACAUUUUGAAAGAGAUAAUGUUUGAUUUUAUUAGAAUUUUGGAGCAACCGUCACUAGUCCUCAUUGGGAAAAAACGAGAAUGGGAAUUAUUGAGAGGAGUCAAGGAUAUUAGAAAAGGAUGUGAAGUAGUUGCAGAUAUAGAGAAAGAACAAGGAUUAGAGAAGGAGUUGGAAAAAGAAAAAUAUUAGAUAUAGAAGACGAAGGAGAAGAAGGGAAUAAUAAAAAAAGUAAAUUUAGAAAAACAAAUGAAAACGAUAAAAAUCAAAAAAAAAUUAAAU